AUGGCAGUGAGCUCGAUCAAGAGCUCGAUCGAGUCGGGUUUCGAACAAACAAACUCGAUCGAGCUGGGAACUGAAUGCAAGGAACAAGCUCAAGGAGAUUGGUCUGAGCUCAAGGCACCAAAAGUCGACCUCAAACCUUUGCCUGAAGGCCUCAGGUAUGCAUUCCUGGGUGAAAACUCAACUUACCCUGUCAUUGUGAACUCUGAUUUGGAACAUGAACAGUUGAGUGCUUUGCUUGUUGAAUUGAGGAAGUACAGAAAAGUCAUAGGCUAUACUCUACAUGAUAUCAAGGGAAUCUCCCCUGACCUAUGCAUCCAUAGGAUUCAUCUAGAGGAUGAAAUGAUAGCACUUGGAUAUCUCCAGUUCAUUGCGUCCCAAAGAAAGGGGGGAUCACUGUCAUAA